AAUUGGGAACAAAGUGAGCAAACUGAGUCCAUCUCUGAUAGUGAGUGAAUUUGGAGUAGAAAGACCAAGACAACAGGCGGAAAUGAUGUCUGCUGCUGCUUUACCCAUUGCUCUUCGAUCCUCGAGGCUCGUCUCUUUUCUGCCUACCAUGCAAAACUAUGCUCUCAUCUCUCGCCAGAUGACUACGGACGCAAAUAGUGUUGCUUCUCAACUAAAGAGUUCUGGUCUGUUACGUACCCAGGGCCUAAUUGGAGGGAAAUGGAUUGAUUCGUAUAGUGGAGAAACUCUAAAGGUUUACAAUCCAUCAACUGGUGAAGUUAUAGCAGAUGUUCCAUGCAUGGGACAGAGGGAAACAAAUGACGCAAUAUCUUCAGCCACUGACGCAUAUACUUCUUGGAGCAAACUUACUGCCACUGAAAGAAGCAAAUAUUUAAGGAAAUGGUAUGAUCUACUAAUUUCCCACAAAGAAGAACUUGGUAAACUCAUAACCUUGGAGCAAGGAAAACCUCUAAAAGAAGCUCUUGCUGAGAUCAAUUAUGGAGCUAGUUUUAUAGAGUUCUCUGCUGAAGAAGCGAAGCGAGUAUAUGGUGAUAUAAUUCCAUCAACACUUGCUGAUCGACGAUUGCUUGUUUUGAAGCAGCCUGUAGGUGUUGUUGGUGCAAUUACACCUUGGAACUUUCCACUGGCAAUGAUCACUCGGAAGGUUGGUCCUGCUCUUGCAUGUGGCUGUACGGUGGUCAUAAAACCAUCUGAACUUACACCCCUCACAGCUUUGGCAGCAGCUGAGCUCUCCAUUCAAGCUGGAAUACCACCGGGUGUUUUGAAUGUAGUUAUGGGUAAUGCUCCUGCUAUCGGAGAUGCUUUGCUUACCAGUACACAGGUGCGGAAGAUCACUUUCACAGGAUCAACUGCUGUCGGAAAAAAAUUAAUGGCAGGUGCUGCUGGGACUGUUAAAAAGGUGUCUUUGGAGCUUGGUGGCAAUGCACCCUGCAUUGUUUUUGAUGAUGCAGAUCUGGAUGUGGCUGUAAAAGGAGUGCUUGCAGCAAAGUUUCGUAAUGCAGGACAAACAUGUGUAUGUGCCAACAGGAUACUUGUCCAAGAAGGUAUCUAUGAGAAAUUUGCAAAUGCUUUCUCAGAAGCUGUCCAAAAUUUGAAAGUUGGUGAUGGUUUUAGUGAUGAUGUGGUCCAGGGUCCUCUCAUAAAUGAAGCUGCAGUAACAAAGGUAGAGUCUCUUGUACAAGAUGCCAUAUCGAAGGGGGCAAAAGUAUUACUUGGAGGGAAAAGGCAUGAUCUAGGAAUGUCCUUUUAUGAGCCAACUAUUAUUGGUGACACCAAUAAUGAGAUGCGUAUAUCAAGAGAGGAAAUAUUUGGACCUGUGGCAUCCCUGUUGCGGUUCAAAACUGAGGAGGAGGCUAUCCGUGUUGCUAAUGACACCAACUCAGGGUUAGCCGCUUACAUGUUUACAAGCAGCAUUCCACGUUCAUGGCGUGUUGCUGAGGCCCUGGAAUACGGACUUGUUGGUGUCAAUGAGGGUAUCAUUUCAACAGAGGUGGCUCCAUUUGGAGGUGUCAAGCAAUCAGGUCUUGGACGAGAAGGUUCUAAAUAUGGAUUAGACGAAUAUUUGGAGAUGAAAUACGUAUGCAUGGGAAAUAUCAACUGACAUAUGCAUGGUUUACCAUUGGACCAUGUCUAAGCUUAUCAUGCGAGUUGGAGCCUGAUGCUUUGACCUGGGAAACUGAGUUUCAAUCCGAUCCAAGACUAGCAUGCUGAGACGGCAAUUUCAGGGGUGUGCAUCAUUCGCGACAACGGUUGUUGCGACAUGUUUUUAAAUGCGGGACGUGCAAAAAUAAGGUCGUACUCUUUGUUUUGUUUUUGGAUUGUUUUGAACGACCUUUAAUUUUGCUUAAUAAAAGCUCUUGUUCGUUUUGAUGUGAAAUUUGUUGGUAUAGAUAGACGUGUUGUACUGGUGGAAUAUAAACAAUACUCUCUCUAUCACUUGUAAGUGAGAUUGUAACUUAAAAUAUAAUAUAGAUAAAUAAAAGGGAAAUUUACAAUUAUA